AUGUCCACUACCAGGCAAGCACAACAACCAGCAGUCAUCAGUGUUAAAGUUGUUGCUGCUGAAUCACUUUAUAAACGAGAUGUAUUUCGACAUCCUGAUCCAUUUUCAGUUAUAACUGUAGAUGGAUCUCAAACUAAAACUACUAAAACUGCUAAAAAGACUUUAAAUCCUUAUUGGAAUGAAACUUUUUCAUUCAAUGUUAAAGAAGAUUCUAUUUUAGUCAUUCAAGUAUUUGAUCAAAAGAAAUUUAAAAAGAAAGAUCAAGGUUUCUUAGGAGUAGUUAAUAUUAGAGUUGGGGAUGUUAUUGAUUUAUCAGUACCAAAUUCUGAAGAAACCAUUACUAGAGAUUUAAAAAAAUCAAAUGAAACUUUAAUUGUAAGUGGUAAAAUUAUAGUUGUAAUAUCAUAUUCAAGAAAUAGAUCUUCAACUAAUGGUUCAUCUAGAAAUGGUUCAAGUGCUCCACCUCCAGCUUCUGCUGCUUCCACUGCUUUAGCUGAUGCCAAUAAUCAAAAUAGACAAUAUUCUUCAUUUGAAGAUCAAUAUGGUAGAUUACCUCCAGGUUGGGAAAGAAGAACGGAUAAUUAUGGUCGUACUUAUUAUGUCGAUCAUAAUUCGAGAACUACAACUUGGCAAAGACCAACUUUAGAUCAAACUGAAUCGGAAAGAGGUCAACAACGUCAAACUACUACUGAAGCUGAAAGAAGACAACAUCGUGGUAGAACCUUACCAGGUGAAACUCCUUUAUCACCAGAUUUAUCAUCAGCAUCAACUAGUAGUGUUAAUGUUACUGUCAAUGCUACUGGUGAUAAUUCUCCUGUAAGUCCUGCUGCUGCUGUUUCAAUGGCUGCUUCUGGUGCAACCACUAGUGGAUUGGGAGAAUUACCUGCUGGUUGGGAACAAAGAUUUACUAAUGAAGGUCGUCCAUAUUUCGUUGAUCAUAAUACAAGAACAACUACUUGGGUUGAUCCAAGACGACAACAAUAUAUUCGUACCUAUGGAUCCAAUACUACUAUUCAACAACAACCAGUAAGUCAAUUGGGUCCAUUACCAUCAGGUUGGGAAAUGAGAUUAACAAAUACGGCCAGAGUUUAUUUUGUUGAUCAUAAUACUAAGACAACAACUUGGGAUGAUCCAAGAUUACCAUCAUCAUUAGAUCAAUCAGUUCCACAAUAUAAGCGUGAUUUUAGAAGAAAGGUGAUUUAUUUCCGUUCUCAACCUGCUUUAAGAAUCUUACCAGGUCAAUGUCAUAUUAAAGUCAGAAGAGAUCGUAUUUUUGAAGAUUCUUAUCAAGAAAUUAUGAGACAAACUCCAGAAGAUUUAAAGAAGAGAUUAAUGAUUAAAUUCGAAGGUGAAGAAGGGUUAGAUUAUGGUGGUGUUUCUCGUGAAUUUUUCUUUUUAUUAUCUCAUGAUAUGUUUAAUCCAUUUUAUUGUUUAUUUGAAUAUUCAUCCCAUGAUAAUUAUACUUUACAAAUUAAUACCAAUAGUGGUAUUAAUCCUGAACAUUUGAAUUAUUUCAAAUUUAUUGGUAGAGUGGUAGGAUUAGGUGUAUUCCAUAGACGUUUCUUAGAUGCAUUCUUUGUCGGAGCUUUAUAUAAAAUGAUGUUACAUAAAAAAGUGGUAUUACAAGAUAUGGAAGGGGUUGAUGCUGAAUUUUAUAGAUCAUUAAAAUGGAUUCUUGAUAAUGAUAUUACAGAUGUAUUAGAUUUAACCUUUAGUGCUGAAGAUGAAAGAUUUGGUGAAAUUGUUGAAGUUGAUUUGAAACCAGGUGGUAAAGAUAUUGAAGUUACUGAAUUAAAUAAACAUGAAUAUGUGGAAUUAAUUUCAGAAUGGAAGAUUUCAAAGAGGGUUGAAGAACAAUUUAAAGCAUUUAUUGAUGGAUUUAAUGAUUUAAUUCCUCAAGAAUUAGUUAAUGUAUUUGAUGAACGUGAAUUAGAAUUAUUAAUUGGUGGUUUAGCUGAAAUUGAUGUUGAAGAUUGGAAGAAACAUACUGAUUAUAGAGGUUAUCAAGAAAGUGAUCAAGUUAUUCAAUGGUUCUGGAAAUGUAUUAAAGAAUGGGAUUCUGAACAAAAGGCAAGAUUAUUACAAUUCACCACUGGUACUUCAAGAAUCCCAGUUAAUGGAUUUAAAGAUUUACAAGGUUCAGAUGGUCCAAGAAGAUUCACUAUUGAAAAAGCCGGUGAAUCAAAUCAAUUACCAAAAUCACAUACUUGUUUCAAUAGAGUUGAUUUACCUCCAUAUACUGAUUAUGAAAGUUUAAGACAAAAAUUAACUUUGGCAGUUGAAGAAACCGUUGGAUUUGGUCAAGAAUGAUCUCAUUUACUAUUCGAUUCCAUUGUCAUUGUUAAUAGUAGCAUUUCGCUCCAUUUUGCAUGUAUUUUUAGUCAACUUGUUCAUAUAAAUAUCCUUUAAAAUUGUAAAAACAUAAAAAAAAAGAAAGAAACUGGGUACCAAAUGAUUCAUUCAUCCUUUCAGUUCAAAUUUAAUGCCGACAUACUUAUACACACAGAUAUAUAAAUAUUCUAUUCGGGACCUAUAUCAUGUCUUUUUUUUGUUUCUGUAUUUGCUAUUAGUUUAUGAGUUUUUUUUUAUAUAUGUUACAUAAACUGUUAUUUACUUUUAUUUAAAAAUUUAUUAUUAUUAUUAUUAUUAUUA